GUCCAAAUUCGUUUCUUUGCAGGUACUAUACUGAAUUAAUCCCACAAAGUCUUGCUCUACAUCGUCGUCAGGAAGGCGGUCGACUUGAUCGUAAGGCUCGUAGGUCCCUGAUUACUAACUGUAACAUUACUAGUUAUACUGCAUGAAGUUAUCCUGUUCUGGUCCUUACUCACAGCCCAUGGAGUCAUGCAGGAGAAUCCAAUCUCAACAGCGAUGGCACUUCCCAACCACCCCCCACGGUCAGCAUCUACGCCAUCAACCACUGGGCAAUCAAGGCCAUUUGCGUGUGCCUCCACCCGAUUACAACAUGGCUGACCCUGUCCACCGACUUCCUUGGGGUUCUGGGCGGUGGGCGGCGGUGGGCGGAUGACUCAGCCGGCGAACGGAACGAGGAAAAACGA